GGUAUAUUGUGCUAUAUUUACAUGCCGUAGACACGUCGUGUAGUUUUAAGCAUUUGUUGACCUUUGUGUUAGGUGCUUCUUUGAUUAUAUUCUCUAGCUCGGAACAGGUCGAUACUAAGUCCAGUUUCUGG